AUGUUUCGAUCGGCACAAAAUGUAGGAAAUGCAAAAUCAAUUUGUUUGUCUACUGCCAAAUGUCCUCAUUGUAAUCUUGUUUUUGAUCGGACUCGACUGAGGCCUGAUUUGCAUCACUGCGGACUGAAACGUUGCUCGACCUGUGAAAAAUACGUGGACAUCAAAGAUCACCAGUGCUACAUGCAACCUGUCAGGGAAAAACCUGCGCACGAGACCAAUAUGCAUGAUGACGAAGCGGAUGAGGACGUCCACGAAAGCGGAUACAACGAACUACUGUUCUUCGAUUUUGAGUGCAUCCAAGAGAAUGGUACUCAUGAACCAAACUUGUGCGUAAUUCAAAACGAGGCUGGUGACGAAUGGUUGUUUCAAGGAGAUAAUACCAGAAACGAGUUCUGCGAAUGGUUGUUCACAAAAGAACAUGAAGGAUGCAUCGUGGUGGCCCAUAAUUUUCAGGGCUACGAUGGUUAUUUCAUCCAACAAUACCUACAUGAGAACGGUGUUAUUCCUGAAGUCAUCAUGCGUGGUGCCAAGAUCCUUACAUUGUAUGUACCUAUGCUCAAGAUUAAAUUCAUCGAUUCCUUGAGUUUCAUACCAAUGAGACUGGCUGAUUUUCCCAAGACCUUUGGUUUGAACGAGCUGGCAAAAGGAUAUUUCCCUCACCUCUUCAACAGGAAGGAAAACCAGAAAUAUGUUGGACCCCUACCACCGAGUCCUUAUUACCAUCCCAAUGGAAUGAAUCCAGCAGAGAAAGAGACGUUUUUGAAAUGGCAUCAGGAAUUGAAGGAGAACAAUUAUGUGUUCAAUUUCCAAGAAGAAAUCCUGAGUUACUGUCGAUCCGAUGUGGAUAUCCUUCGACGUUGUUGCCUUGAAUUUUGUGAGUUGUUCCGUGACAUUCCGACAUUGACCCGUUCGAGAAAUGCCUAACCAUUGCGUCAGCGUGCAAUCUUGUGUUUCGGACGAAUUUCCUUAAAGAAAACACCAUUGCCAUUUUGCCUCCACACGGCUAUCAUCCAGGAAUCAAGCAAUCCAACAUCGCCUUGAAAUGGUUAUCUUACACAGCCGAGAAGAAUGACGUGUACAUUCAACAUAAACGGAAUGGUGGAGAGAAGACUGUUGGUCAAUAUUCCUUGGAUGGCUAUGAUGAGGAAACACAUACAGCAUAUGAAUUCCAUGGCUGUUUCUGGCACGGUAAGUUUUUUAGAGGGUCAGUUUUUACAUAGGUACAGUACUUUAACGAAAUAUUUUUUACAGGGUGUUUGAAAUGUUAUGCACGGGACACCGUCAACAAGGUCAGCGAAAAGACCAUGCAUGAUCUCCAUCAAGCCACCAUGGAAAAGACCCAGUACCUUAAAGAUCGUGGCCUCCAUGUUGUCGAAAUGUGGGAGUGCAACAUGAAGAAAGAAUUGGAACACGAUGAAGACAUGAAACAGUACUUCGAGGAUUACGAUGUGGUGGAUCCUUUGGAACCACGACAUGCUUUCUAUGGUGGUCGAACCAACGCAACGAAACUCUUCCACGAAUGCAAAGAGGAUGAGAAGAUAAGGUAUGUUGUUAGUGCACCCCAAUAGAUCUAGGAACGGGAGUCUAAUGUCCGUUUUUCUUACAGGUACGUCGACUUCACCAGUCUCUAUCCCUGGUGUAACAAGAUGACCAGAACGGUCAUUGGUCGGCCCCGUAUCAUCACUGAAAACUUUGAUGAUAUUACCACGUACUUUGGCUUGAUCAAGUGCACGGUAUUACCACCUCGUGGACUUUUCCAUCCCGUCCUUCCCUAUCGAACCCAAGGCAAACUGAUGUUUCCUCUGUGCAAAGCCUGCGCUGAUACGUGUAACCAAGCCCCUUGUACUCAUUCCGAGCGUGAAAGAGCUAUCCAAGGAACCUGGUGCAGCGUGGAAUUAGAGAAAGCCCUGGAGAAAGGUUACCAUAUCCUCCAAAUGCACGAAGUGUGGCAUUUUCCCGAAACCUCCGACGCGCUGUUCAAGGAUUAUGUGGACACUUUCCUCAAAAUCAAGCAAGAAUCCAGUGGUUAUCCCAAGAAUUGUGUCACUGAGGAACAGAAACAGCAGUACGUCGACGAAUACUUGGCAGUCGAAGGUAUACAGCUAGACCGAGAAAAGAUCGAACACAAUCCUGGGAUGCGUGCACUGUCCAAACUGAUGUUGAAUUCGUUUUGGGGUAUGUAUUUUUUAAACGGUAAUGUUCUCGCAAGGACGGCGAGGUAA